AUGGUCAUUGGCAGUGCAGCCAUGGACAACAAAGCUGUUAAUGGCCAGCCCCUCUUUCUCCCCGCCCUGCCCCGCCCCGCCCCGCCCCUCCCCGCGGGCCCACCUCCCUUUGUGGCGGUGCCUGGAUACAGUGGAAUGCUGGGGCUGAGUCUGCGUCAGUUGGUGGCUGGCAGUGUCGAGUGGCUGCGCAUGCUGGGCCGCCAACGGGCCAGUUGGCUAGGGCUGCCAACUGCCGGAGGUGGUACCGGCGGAUCACUUGGUCCUGAGCACUCCCUCUGGGUCCCGAGCACUGCCGAGAUGCCCUGCACACAACCACGGAAGAGGAGUGCCAAGGCUGCCGUGCUUUUGGCUGUGCUGUGGCUCUGGUCCCUACCAACCAUGGCCUACCCCCGGGUGCGGACCCUGAGUGACGAUCAGGUGAGCAGCAGCAACCUGAGCAAGGAAGACAGCAUCCUGAAACAGUAUGCUGAAAUCCUGCAGCAGGUGGCCAUGCGAGUGCCCACCCAAGCUAUCCCUAGCAAAAAGCAGGCUACUACUGUCAGCUCCAACUGGGAGAAUGAAAUUGAGCAAGCCAUGGAGGGGAUACAAGGGGAGAGCCCAGGGGAGAUCCCGGAGGAAAUCCCGGGGGUCCUAACCUUCCGGUCUUCGAAGUCUAACAAGACAAAGCCUGAGGUGCCCGAGAUGAAGAAGCAAGUCUGGCCUAAGGAAAAACUGAAGCUCAAGAGCCCCAUCCAACACCCCAGGGAACGGCAGGAAAAAAAGCAAGAGAGGACAGGCAACACAGAGGACAGCAAGGGCUCAAACUGGGAGGAUGGUUUAGAAUCGGAUGAAUCCGAUAGUGAAGACGCACCUCAGGAUUCAGCAGUAGAGAAAGAUGUGGCCUCAACUCUGGAGCUAGCUGCGAAACUAACUAUGGACCAUAUCCAGGAACCCUUUAAGAAAGUGCCAAAGAAGCUGAUUCUCACACCACCUGUGAAAGUAACUCUUAAACCAGUCCCCAAAACACCUGCCAAAGUCCAUGGGAAGCCAUCUCUGGACUUAGCUUUGAAAGUCAUUGAAGAAGCUUGGGAACAAGUGAAACUAACUACCCCAGGGGAAAGGGUUAUGCUAGGACACAUGGCUCUUGUGGCUCCAUCAGUCCUGGACUACCCAGGGCCACAGGUGCACGAUCUAGGAACAGGGAUCUCCCAGCCAUCAGAGGAAGCCAAAGAGCAACCAAAUAAGGAACAAGUAGUGGAAGAUCGAAUACUGAAAAAAAUCUCAGACAUAAAUACUCAGAUAAAACAUGCACUGAAAAAUACAAAACACCACAUGGAAUUCAAAGAUGACGUUGAAGCUGCCAAAAAGUAUCUACUCCAAAGCCUUUCCUUAGUAAACAGAGAAAACACAUCUAUCAAUGGGCAUAAACCCCAGAAGUUAAGAAAAGAAAAGGAUAAUGAUGAAAAAAUUCGAUCAUUUAUUAAUUUCCUAUAUGAUUUCAGGUCUCAGAUAACUGCAUUUUUAAACAUGAAUAAUAUUCCAUUUGAUCUUCAAGGGAAAGCCACUACUGUAUUCAGUAUUAUGGAAACAAUGCUUUGCAGAAAUCACACAAAAAAGGCAAAUAUCAUUAAGUUAUUAGAGGAUAAUAUAAGAAUGUUAAACAUGCUUAUUGUUACAGUGAAUCCAUGA